CUCCCAGCGCGUCUCCGGCAUCCACAGCCUCCCGAUUCAGAUCUGAUUCUUCAUUUAGAGUGGAAAACAUGUUGGCUUGCACGGAGAUGAUCACCAUGUGUCUUCAGUCAGCUAAGCGCAAGCAUGUUUGGGCUCAACAACAACAGCAGCAGCAGCAGCAACAACAACAGCAGCAGCAGCUUGGCAACGGACGAGGGCUCAGCAUCCUUCAUGAUAUUUUCCGCCGGGCAGACAAAAACGAUGAUGGCAAGCUGUCAUUCGAGGAGUUUAACGCUUACUUCGCUGACGGCGUCCUGACAACGGCGCAACUGCAGGAGCUUUUCUAUUCUAUCGAGGGGCGACAGAAUAACAAUCUGGACACUGACAAGCUGUCAGAUUAUUUCUCUGAGCACUUGGGCGGGUAUCUGAAUGUCCUCUCAGCCCUGGAGAAGUUGAAUGUGGCCGUUCUAAAGGCCAUGUAUAAAACUAAAGAGGAGUACCACGACUCCAGCGUCCUGGGUCAGUUCGUAACCCGCUUGCUCCUGCGAGAGACGUCUGCUCAGCUGCUGUCCCUGCAGAGUUCACUGCAGUGCGCCAUGGAGGCCGUGGACCAGGAAAGCACCCCCGCUCUUGCAAAGCUGGAAUCAAGCGGCCAAAACUAUGGUCACUCUGUCCCUAAAAACGACCCGAACGACGUCACCCGACGCUCCCUAAUCGCAAACGAGGAAGAAGAGUGGAACUCCCAGAUUACCAGGCUCCAGCAGUUGCUUGAUAAACUGGAACAUCAAAGUCCAAAGUUGGAGCCUCUGAAGAAGGACACCUCCACAUCUACAGCUAACAUUCUGCUGGUCCAGAGGAAAAUGACUGUGAACGAUAAUGAUCUGGACAUGUUCCACAAAUUUCUCAAGAACUACGCGGAUGCAGCGUCGGUCCACUCGGACAACAUGCAUGUGUCUGUUCAGAAAGCUACAGAAAAGCCGUCUUUUGUGAUUUAUGAAUUCUGGAAAGACCGCCUGUCCUGGAUGAGCUACCAGCAGUCCAACAGCAGCAAAGACUUCCAGCGGUGCAUCAUCAACAUGCUAGAUGAACCUGAGACUGUAUCUACAAUGUUGCUUCCAGCAUCCUGGUGGAUUAUGACUAACAACUGAAUCCAGAGUGUCACAUUCCCUGCCUCCGACGCUGUCACAUGGACGCUGGCGCAUCAACCCACCCACUUGCAUGGCCACACACACAUACACACACUCGCAAACAUGGAUGAUUCAGAGUGCAUCCGUGUGUUUGAAGGCCGUGUCCCCCUCCUGCCUAUUCCCGGGAGCCUCUUGUCAUCUUCAGCUGCUCAUUAUUUCGCCACAAGAUGCCACACAAUGUACAUACUGAACAAUUAUGUCAUUUGUUGAAGACAUUGAAGCUCUAAACAUGCAUGACAAUACUUAACGAAGCUUCAUGUGAAUUGUAUUGAGAGAAUAAAGUAA